CUCUCUCUCUCUCUCUCUGCAUAUUGUUCCAAGUGUGUCCAGCCAAACUAUGCCUGCUCAAGUGAUACCAGAGAAGACCAUUCAAGGCAUUGACCAUCAUGUCCUAGGGAGAGAAAACCCUCCUCCCUCCCCUAAAAGUUUGGAUGGGAAAAUUGCUGUGGUGACUGGAGGAGCUAGAGGGAUUGGAGAGGCUACUGUCAGACUAUUUGUGAAAAAUGGUGCAAAGGUUGUUAUUGCAGAUGUCAAUGACACUCUUGGCUUGGCAGUGGCCGACUCAUUAGGCUCAAAUGCCACAUUUGUUCACUGUGAUGUUAGCUUGGAAGAAGACAUUGAGAACCUGAUCAACUCCACAACAGCGCGUUACGGCCGAAUCGACAUCCUCGUCAACAAUGCUGCAGUGCUUGGAAAUCAAUCCAAACGCAAGAGUAUUAUGGAAUUCGACGCCGAUGAAUUCGACAAGAUAAUGAGCAUAAAUGUAAGAGGAAUAGCCCUAGGAAUCAAACAUGCUUCAAGGGUCAUGACUAAAAGAGGCUGUGGAAGCAUAAUCAACAUGGCUAGUGUAGCAGGAGUCAUGGGAGGGCUAGGUCCGCACGCUUACACGGCUUCAAAGCAUGCCAUUGUUGGAUUAACAAAGAACACAGCUUGUGAGCUUGGAAGGUAUGGAGUUAGAGUUAAUUGUAUUUCUCCAUUUGGGGUUGCAACAUCAAUGCUUGUUAAUGGAUUGAGAGGGGUUGACGAGGACGAGGAAGACUGUGUUAUGAAUUUUGGGGUUCCAAGUGAGCAAGAAGUGGAGAAGACAGAGGAAUUUGUGAGGGGACUUGCUAAUCUUCAAGGGACAACAUUGAGAGCUAUUGACAUUGCUGAGGCAGCGGUUUAUCUUGCUAGCGAUGGAGCCAAGUAUGUCAGUGGUCACAACCUAGUUGUGGAUGGUGGAGUCACCACCGCAUCAAAAUGUCUUGGCUUCUAAUAGGAAUUAAUUAAUUAAUUGCUUGUCUUCUUAGCUAUUUUCAGUAAUUUAAAUCUCUAGAUUACACCCUUGUAAUUUUACCAUCGAGUCAUGUUUGGCUUGUUUGUUUUGUCUUCUUAAAUUUUGUUUUUUUUUAAUACAAGCCCAACUCCCAAUUAAAGUGUACAAAAGUUUUGGUAAACAAAGUAGAUGAGGACACAUUUGGUCAA